AUGUCUGGAAAUUAUGAUUGGAUUGAUGAAAGACAGGAAAGUCAACCAAAAUCAAGGCGUCAAUCAAUUACAGAAUUUUUUGUGGGACGAAAGAAAAGUCUGGUUCAAGAGGAUUUUAAAGAAUUUGAUAGACUUCAAAGACAGCAUUAUUUAUUGAAAAGCGCAAGAAAAGCAAAUACAUGUCAUCAAUUGAAAGAUCCGGGAGUAAUACUAGACGUUGGUACUGGAAAUGGUAUCUGGGCACUUGAAAUGGCAGCAGAACACUGUCAAACCAAGGUUAUCGGGCUAGACAUUAGACCGCCUAGUGAACAACAAGGAAAGCCAAAAAAUUUGAUCUACAAGGAAGCAGAUAUUAUGCAAACAUGGCCGAUUGAAUCUAAUUCGGUUGACUUUGUAUUUCAACGUAAUAUGGGUCAAAUCAUCUUGAAAGAUCAAUGGACUCAUGUCCUAAGUGAAAUGUAUCGUGUUCUUAAGCCUGGAGGUGUGAUUGAACUUGUCGAAGCUGAUCUCUGGCAUCAUAAUCCUGGGCCUGUUCAAAAAGCAUUUGACGAAUUCUCUCAGACACAAUGCAAUGAAUUAGGCUUGGACUUUAGAUUCACUGAAACUCUAAGUGAACAAUUAGACACAAUUGGCUUUAAGGAAUUAGAUAAAUGUACUAUAGAUAUACCCAUUGGAGAGUGGCCACAGGAUCCAGAAUUGAAACAAUUUGGAUUUAUCAACAAGGAAAUUCAAAAGGCAUUUUUAAGGAAUAGAAAAAGUAUUUAUAUAUCCAAAUGGAAUGUGACACCUGAUGAUUAUGACUUGGCUGUGCAGGAGUUGAUGGCUGAAUUUGAAGACUAUCGUGGAUUUACACGGUUCAAUUGUUGGACAGCUAAAAAGAUUUGA